UGUGUGCUUUUAUUCGAUUCGUGUGCUCUGUGUGAUUCCGACCAACGCGAGCGAGCCAUGUUUAAAGGAUUGGCUAUCGCUGUAAUAUGCGUAGCUGGUGCUGCUGCCCAGCAGGGAGCGCGGGCACCGACCAAAGGAACGCCGGUCCAACAAGACGCCUACUACGAUUGCGCAGAUGAUUUCGGUUUUUUCCCACAUUCCAAGUCGUGCGAUAAGUACUUCGCUUGCAGCAAUGGAACCGCUACCCUGAAACUGUGUGGUAACGGUCUCGUCUUCGAUGAUACCGACCCCCUCCGCGAGAACUGCGCCUACCCAUUCUCUGUAAAGUGUGGCGACAGAACCGACCUUGAGCCUCCGAUCUCUACUCCUCACUGUCCUCGCCUAUACGGAAUCUUCCCCGACAACAACAACUGCCGUGUCUUCUACUCGUGCUGGAAUGGUGAAUCUUCCCGCUACGAGUGCCCCCCUGGACUCGCCUACGACAACGACCAGCGCGUAUGCGUAUGGGCCGACACGGUCGAUCGAUGUGACCAACGCGAGGUUGCCGAAGGUUUCGUGUGCCCCGACCCCUCUGAAGCCGAUGCUCCCGGAGUGUUCACUCGUCACGCUCACCCCACCGACUGCCGAAAAUUCUACGUUUGCAUUGAGGGGCAAGCCAGACCCUACGGAUGUUCCAUCGGAACAGUUUUCAACGUGGACACGCUCCAGUGCGACGAUCCUGAGAAUGUUCAAGGAUGUGAGAACUACUACGGAGACGACGCCGAAGUCAAGCUCUUGAAGAAACAGCAGCAGAAGGCCAAGAACAAGGCGAAGGACGAUCAAUGAGGACAAUCAACGACGAUUGCGAUAGAAUCGUUUGCUAGGCCCAGCCUCAUCGUGCCUGGUGGAUAGAAAAGCUCAUCUGAAUGGUCCUACGCUUCGUCAGUAGGGCCUCCAUCUUCAUUUUCAGUCAUUCUUCCGUGUGUUGCACGCGUUAUGCAGGGAACUUCUGCGGGGGCCGUCGAGGCCGACAGACUAUGGGUGUGAACGAAGAAGUGCCAACAAGAAAAAGAUGAACAGUGUAGUAAUGUACCACACUCGAUACGAGCCCGGGACGUUUAGGUUUCAAUCAAGUCCCCGGUGAGGGGAGAGAUGCUUCCGAGCGAGCGUCCGGAAAUGUGUAAGAGAAAAAAGCUAAAAUAAAUUUAUGUAUUGCGAGA